CCGACGCUGAUGGACCUCACGCCUCCUAAUAUCAGCCGUGUCUGUUCCCACCACGGUGGACACUCCACUCAGUCCUGCCUUCAGACUGUGAGCUGGAAAGUGUUUGAAAAUCUCCAAAGACCAGGCAGAGCUACGAGACCCUUCCUCUAUUUAUAUUUGGGACGAGAACAAAAAUUGUAGCGUAAAGAUCAGGAGCUGCAGCACACCAAAAUGACUUCCUACACAGAUAAAGGUGAAAAGCACGAGCAGGGCAAGUUCAUCAGCUUUGACCACCUCACUUUCUGGGUCGGGAAUGCCAAGCAGGCUGCCUCCUUUUACUGCAACAAGCUGGGUUUUGAGCCACUGGCAUACUGCGGUCUGGAGACGGGCAGCCGUGAAGUCGUCUCUCAUGUGGUUAAGCAGGGAAAGAUUAUUUUUGUCUUCUCCUCUGCACUGAAUCCUGGUAACAAAGAGAUGGGGGAGCACCUGGUGAAACAUGGCGAUGGAGUCAAAGACGUCGCGUUCACUGUAGAGGACUGUGAAUUGUUGGUGCAGAAUGCCAGAGAACGAGGUGCCACCAUCAUCAAGGAACCUCAUGUGCUGAAGGACGAGUUUGGCAGCGUGAAAUUGGCUGUGCUGCAGACAUAUGGCGACACGACACACACACUGGUGGAAAGAAACGGAUACACAGGACUUUUUCUCCCAGGAUUCCACACUCCGCUCUUCAAGGAUCCUCUCUUGGCUCAGCUGCCGAGCGGCCAUCUCGAUUUUAUUGAUCAUGUGGUGGGAAACCAGCCAGAUGACGAGAUGGUGCCUGUGGUGGAAUGGUAUGAGAGGAACCUCUUGUUCCACCGUUUCUGGUCUGUAGAUGAUAAACAGUUGCAGACGCAAUUCAGCGCUCUGCGCUCCAUCGUGGUGGCUAACUAUGAGGAGACGGUGAAGAUGCCUAUCAACGAACCUGCCAUUGGUAAACGCAAGUCCCAGAUCCAGGAGUAUGUGGAGUAUUACGGUGGCCCGGGAGUCCAGCACAUUGCCAUGAACACCUCGAACAUUAUCACAGCUAUCUGUAAUCUAAAGGAGCGUGGCAUGGAGUUCAUGACUGUGCCACAUACCUACUACGAGCAGCUCCGUGAGAAACUAAAAGACUCGAAGGUCAAAAUCAAGGAGGACAUCAGCAUCCUAGAGGAGCUGCAAAUUUUGGUGGACUACGAUGAUAACGGUUACCUCCUCCAGAUCUUCACCAAACCAAUUCAGGAUCGACCCACUGUGUUCCUGGAGGUCAUUCAGAGGAACAACCACCAGGGCUUCGGUGCGGGGAACUUCAAGUCUCUGUUUGAGGCUAUCGAGGCAGACCAGCACGCCAGGGGGAACCUCACCGUCUUCAUGCCCAACGGAGCGUCCGAAAAAAUAUGAAACCAACACAUCCACUCAUCUUGUAUAUGAAAGCUUUUAAGAAUAUGAAACUCUUCACGUCAGUGCAGUAUUCUGUAAAUGUUUUGUAAUAUCACUGAGGCUAUGUUUUGUUUGUUUGUUUGUUUGUUUGUUUUUUAAGAUUAUCCAUGAAUCUGGCUCUUUUCCCAAACAGGUGUUUUUGAACAUUGCCAGUGAGAAAAUAAGAUCCAUAUGGCUAGUGUGAGAAACCAAAUAAGAUAUUAAUCUGUGUCUUAUUAGCAGUACGUGUGUUAUUCAACUCUGGUGAUUAUGACUCUGUAUCUCUGUCUGUUUAUUUGAGCUUCCAGCAGCCCAGAUACCUGACUGCUUUUUUUUUUUUUUUUUUUUUAAAGCCUUGCACGAUGGUCAUGCAUGUAAUAAAAAGCAAGCAGUAAAAAUACAUUUAUGUUGA